AUGGCUGCAGCGAGAUACUAUGGCUCAAAGGUGAGAUAUUCCCAGCUGGAGAGAAGGUCCCAUGAAUCAGAGCCAGAAUACGGCGACUCAGAUGCAGAAGAUGACGACUCUGACGCAGAAGAUGACAACUUAGAUGCGGAAUACGACGAAUCACAAGCAGAAAUUUAUCACCAAAAGCUAGAAAUCCACGAAUUGGAGAAGCGAUUCCAUGGCUUGCGAGCAAGACACCACGACUCCGAGAUAGACCAUUACAACACGCAUACGAGUCUCUACAUUCCUGACCUUAUUACUUGCCAUCAGCAAACACGCGUCGACGUCGGUGUUCCUGGUGCUGUCGUGACCAUCGCCGCUGUCCGUGGACCCAUUAAAAUUGAGGUUCAGCCUGCUCCCAAGUGGACACCACCGCGCACACCGAUCAAGUCAGAACACCCCGGACGUUCAUUCUCUCACCCAGCACGAACAACACGCCAUUCGACAACCAGAUCGGCAGGGUGUUCCGCCACACGGGCCAAUCUUAACCGAGGAGAAUCAAUCGGCGGCCCUUGUAUACGGGAUGACGAGCUUUAUUUCGUCGGUAUGAAGACAAAAGCGAUGAGCGCCCCAUGCCGCGUGGGCGGCAGAGCAUCUUGGAAUUCGAAUGACAGAUGA